AAAAAAAAAAAAACAUCACGAGUGAUCUAUUAAGUCUCCAAGCAUACGAUUUGAAGAACGCAGCGAUGAGCAGUGAAUCUAGCGGCGAAGAGCGCGGAGAGAUAUUCGUUCACGGGCCUUCAUCUUUCAAUGACUUGCCGGAGGAUUGCAUCUCACACAUAAUCUCUUUUACUAGUCCACGUGACGCGUGUGUCGCCGCUUCGGUUUCAAAAACUUUUGCAUCGGCGGUUCAUUCCGAUAGUGUUUGGGAGAAGUUUCUUCCCCCGGAGUAUUUAUCUCUAGUUCCUCAAUCGCAAGUUUCCUUGUCAAAGAAGGAACUCUACUUCACUCUCUGCCACGAUCCUCUUCUAAUCGAAGAUGGCAAAAAGAGCUUUUGGUUGGAGAAAACUAGUGGCAAAAGGUGUAUCAUGUUAUCCCCGAAUGAGAUGUGGAUCACAUGGGUUAGUAGUCCUCAGUAUUUUUGGCGAUGGAUUUCAAUUCCUGAAGCUAGGUUUGAAGGAGUACCAGAGCUCCUCAAUGUAUGUUGGUUUGAGGUCCGUGGCAGGAUAAGUACUCGUUACUUAUCUCCUAUGACACGUUACUCGGUUUACAUUGUUUUCAAGACAAAGAAUGGAUGUCCUGGAUUGGGGGAUGUGCCGGUAGAAGUUGAAGUUGGAUUGAUGGGACAAGAAUCUUCUCAAAGAUUGAUAUACUUUGUUGGGCCUUCGGAUCAAAGGACAGAAAGAGAAAUGAGAGAUGUAAUGAAACCAGAGAAGAGGGAAGAUGGGUGGAUGGAAGUUGAGCUUGGUGAAUUCUUCAACGAAACAAGUUGUGAUGAAAUUUCUGCAACUGUUCUUGAGAAUAAGUCUCCUCGUUGGAAACGUGGUUUGAUCAUUCAAGGAUUCGAAUUUCGCCCUGCCAAAAGCCCGUAAAGUACUAUCUGCUUUUGAUGAUUCCGGUUUAUGUUUAUUUGCUUUAAUUGAAUUUUUUUUGUUGUGCAUGUUUUAACAGUAACUCGAUCUUUUAAGGUUUUUGGAUUGUAAUGUUUCUAACGCUCAUCAUUCUCACAUGAACAAAUUUCAGUAAAUAACUUGUGUUUUGUUUUCUUA